AUGACUGAAGUUUGGAACGGAACGUGCAGGCUGGAGCCCCAUCCCCCACGGCUGCAGGGGAUCAACCCCCGGGGUUGGAGGGAGGGGGCCGCCGGGGCUGACCGUGGCUCCGGGGAGUUGGGACCGGAGAGUGCGGGGGCGGGCUGGGCGGAGGCUAGGGGGAGGAGGCGGCGUCCCGCACUGUCUCACCGCAGGACCGACCUCGGCUCUUAUCUGCUCGGGCAGCUUCCGCCCCCCGCCCAGCCCCCGCCGCAGGCCUGGCCCGCGCCUCCGCCUCCCGAGGGCCCGGGCCGGGGCGCCCCUCCCCCGCGGCCGCCCGCCCCCAGGGAGUGCCCGGGCUGCUGCCCAGCGGAGCAGAGAGGGGCCCGGCCCCCAGCGACUGCUGCCUCCCUGCAGGCCCCCACGGAAAGCCCAGAGAAGGCCGGCUCUCUCACAGAGGCCACGCUCUGGAAGCAGGAGGAAGGUGCCCGGCCUCGGGCCUCCAGCCUGGACUGCCAAAGGAGGAGAGGGUUGGCAGGGUCUGGGCAGUGCCGGCCAUCGCCCGGAGCGCGGCAGCCGUCCCCCGCCCCGCACACCCGGACCCCGGCCCGGGGCGGCGCCGUCCUGCGGCCGAGCGCGCCCCCGUGCGGCCGCGGCCGGCACCGCCGCCGGAGAGAGGAAGCGGCGGCCAGGCCCCGCAAGCCCAAGUGCCCCGGCCGCUCGCGGUCCCUGCGGGGGCCGCUGCCUCCUCUCUCGCGCAGCCAGGCCGAGCCGGGCGCCCACGGGGCUCCCACUUCCGCCCGACGCUCUCCGCCGCUGUCCCCGCCUCGAGGCGGAAGCGCGCCCCUUUACCGCCGCUCCCCCCGCGACCCCGCGGCGCGCGGCGCGCCGGGUUCCGGACAGGUCCCGUGUGACGUGGCCGCGCGCUGGGGGCGGCUCCGGGCCAGGGUGGAGGGGGGCGCCGGGCCGGGCGGGGCAGAGCCGGGGCGGGGCGCGGUGCCGCAGCUGGAUGGCCGGGGCCGCCCGGAGCGCCGCCGCCGCCGCACGGUGAGUGACCGCCCGACGCCCGGGGCCCGAGCCCCGGACGGGGCGGACUCUGCCGAUCCCCUUGUCCAGCCCUAUCUCCUGUUCCACACCUGGGGCCCCCUCACCUCUAACCGUGACCCGCCUCUGCCUCCCAAGCCCGGCCUUCUGGCCGCAGUCCCGCCUUUGGUCCCCAGUGGAGCCCAGUGGAUUUCAUCAGGGUCCCGUUAA